AGCGCAGGUCUUUGACUACUUGACGCAAAAAUGCUGCGAAAAAAAUUCGAUAAAAUUUUGCAGCAGUAAUAAUAAAAAACUAAAAAGGACAUUUAAUCUAAAUAAAAACAAAGUUAUUUAAAGAAUAUUCAGAAAAAAGGACAUUUUUUGUGUGGAAACAAAGAAGAAUAUGUCUUCCAGCUUAUCGGACGUGUGCGGUGGUAGCAGUCGUGAUGGCGUUGGUACCGGUGGAGUUAAUAGUGGUGAUUGGAUUUGUAGCGAUGUAACCUGUCGUCAUUCGAAUUUCGCUCGACGUCAGCAGUGUAACAAAUGCCAACGUGAUCGCAGCUUGGAACGCAGUAGUAGUGUGGGUAGCAGUGGUUCGAAUAAAAAGAAAUUGGGCACGGAAAUCGGCAAAGCUGCAGCGGAGAAAUCACGCGGUCUUUUUAGUGCCGAAGAUUGGCAAUGCAAUAAAUGUGCCAAUGUUAAUUGGGCCCGUCGUUCCACCUGUAAUAUGUGUAAUGCUCCCAAGUUUUGUGAUGUUGAGGAGAGAACAGGUUUUGGAGGUGGAUACAACGAUCGCGGUGUGGUGGAAUAUAAAGAAAGGGAAGAAUCAGACAGUGAGUAUGAUGAGUUUGGCCGCUUAAAGAAGCGUAGAAAGAGUUCUUAUAAUAAUGAUGAAAUUCGAAUUAAAAAUAAUGCAAAUAAAGAAAAAUCCAAUGUUGAUGAGGCAGACGAAGAUGACGAAGAAGAGGAAGAAGAUGGAGAUGAUGACGAUUUAGCUAAAUACAAUCUAUUUAGUGAUGAUGAGGAGGUUUUGCCAUCUGUUAAAUCAGAAAAUUCCAAAGCUGGGGAAAAUAAUUCAAAGGAAAUUUUAAACAAAUCGUCAAAUGAAAAAGAUAAAUCCAAUAAUAGACGGUCAAGAUCAAAAACUCGUUCAGAUGUUAGAAGACGUCAAUCAUAUUCAUCCUCCCGAGGCUCAUCCUCUUCUAGAUCUACCUCAUCAACGUCAUCCUCUUCAUCGUCAUCAUCUUCGUCGUCUUCCUCUUCCUCCACAUCAUCAUCUUCACAGCACUCAAAAUCACGCGAACGUAUUCGUUCAAAAAAACGUUCGUCUUCACGUUCUCGCAGUCGUAGUCGCACAAGGUCAGCAUCGAAACGACAAAGAUCCUCCUCCCGUGAUGGUAAUACAAAAAAACGAUCUCAUGAAAAAUUAAAGUUGUCCACUACUGAACGACAUCGCGGAUAUUCUUCAAAAUCUCGCUCCAAAUCGCGUAGUUCCCAUCACAGCUCUCUAUCGCCCUCCUCUACUAAGCGCAAUCGGAAUUCCAGCUCUUUGCGGAAACGCUCACGUUCGCCGCGUUCAUCGCAUCGCAAGAGAACAACACGCUCCCGCUCGGUGACACCCAAACGUAGACGUUGAUCGUAGUGACGAUGCUAACCAGUGAUGUUGAAAAGUAGAAAAUUAUGAAAAUUAUUUUUAAACAAUGCACUUGUUUUUAUAUAUAUAUAGUAAGAUGAUAAUGAUGUCCACACACACUUUAUUCCAAAAAACCAGAAAACGAUUUAAAAGCAAGCAAAGACAAAUAAUGAAAUGAGCUUUUCUUAAAGCUUUGUAAGAAAA